AUGUUCUGCCUCGUCUUGUUCGCAGCGCUCCUGCUGCUGUCGCUAGCGUUUCUCAGACGGUCCUCGAGUCGCCAGAACGAGCUUUCGCUCGAGUGGGAAACCGGCCGGCGAAAAGCGAGGCAGCCGUUUAAGCGGUCUCCGGAAUUUUACGAAUACUACGGUGUGACGUCAUCAGAGGACUAUUUCAUCAACUCGCGAGGCGUCGAGCUCUUUACGAAGCAAUGGCUUCCCAUCGACGGUCGUUUGCGCGGCGUAGUCUUUUACUGCCACGGCUACGGCGACACCUGCUCGUACGCGUUUGAGGACGUCGCGAUACGGUUGGCUGCGUCCGGUUACGCAGUAGAAUCGCUGGAUUACGAAGGGUUCGGCCUGUCUGCGGGACUGCACGGGUUUAUUCCGCGAUUUGACAACCUCGUGGAUGACGUCACGGAAUUCACUGCGUCGCUGAGAGCUCGGCCGUCCCUCGCGCAUCUUCCGUUCUUUCUCUACGGCGAGUCCAUGGGUGGAGCAGUGGCGCUCCUCACGCAUCUCCGCCAACCGUCCUCGUGGCAAGGCGCAAUUCUCGCCGCUCCCAUGUGCAAGAUCGCGCCAGAGAUGAUGCCCCCGAAGCCCGUCGUCACCACGUUAUCCUUCCUCGCGAGUAUCUUCCCUCGUGCCAAGCUGGUCCCGACCAGAGAAAUUGCGGAGAUUGGGUUCCGGGAUCCGGUCAAGAGGGCCAAAUUGUGUGAGAAUCCGGUGGGGUAUGGCGGGAAGCCGAGGCUACAGACGGCGCUACAGAUGCUGAAGGCGACGCAGCGGAUUGGCCGGGAUCUGGAUAAGGUUUCGCUGCCGUUCCUCUUGAUGCACGGUGCAGCAGAUGCGGUGACAGAUCCGUCAGUCAGCGAGGCGCUUUUCCAGCAGGCUUGUAGCGGGGAUAAGACUUUUAGGCUAGCAGCACCGGUCCUCGUCACCGCGAAUAUGAAGAGGAACCCGAAGCGACUCAAAUACGCGGGAGGCUCACGGCCGGCCAACGAAGUGGACGUGGUGACCGUUGACCCGUCAGGAUCUGAUGCCUCGUGGAAACUCCGUGGAAUUGCGGAUUUGAUCAAGGAAGGUGGCGUUGGGCUCAUUCCGACUGACACUGUAUAUGCCCUGGUUUGUGACGUCAAGAACCGAGACGCCAUUGACAGGCUGUACCGCAUCAAGCAGUUGGACCCCAAAAAGCCUCUGAGUAUCCUCUGCCGCAAUUUCCAAGACAUUGACACCUACACGUUGGGCUUUCCCCGUGGCAACGGUCAUGGACAGACAAACAUUUUUCGGGCUGCCCGACAAUGCCUACCUGGACCUUACACGUUCAUUCUCAAGGCGAGCAAGGCCAUGCCGAAGCAGUGCACAACGUUCGGCGGCAGUGCAGUGGCGCACUGCGCGCCCAGGAAGAGUGUGGGGGUGAGAAUGCCUCUGGAUCCCAUCUGCCAUGCUCUGCUCGAGCUGUUGGACGACCCUCUCCUCUGCACCAGCGCCACCAAGAGCUCGGAUGAUCGCUGGUUGUUGGACCCCUCAGUGGUCGGACUCACCUACCGUUCUGAAGAUGGCUCAGAGGGUGUGGAUUUCAUUGUGGAUGGAGGCGCUCGCAUGCCAGAGCCAUCUACGGUGGUCGAUAUGACUGGAGACAGGCCAGUGCUGCUGCGGCGAGGACAGGGUGAGGUGGAGGACUGGAUGCUAAUGGAGGUCCAUGAUUCCUCAGAAACGGCUGCUGCAGCGCUGAUUAACCCCAACGGGAAAAUAAACCCAUAUGCCGUGAAGUAG